UAAAAUCCCAAUAAGCUAAACAGGCAGACUUGGUCUUUCUCGUCCUUCCUUUCCUAAUUUUGCCAAAACUUUGUCUUUUUCAAAAUUUGAGCUAUAAAAACUUUAAAAAAUGAACCGACAAGUUUUCAGUCUUGCGAAGGCAGUUCUCGCACCCAAACAGGGAGUGAAAAUCAACUCCAUCGCCAGGAACAGUUCGCACUACAAACCCCCAGCGAACUGGUAUGAGCCAACGAUGAACGAGCUGCCGGUCCCAACAGGGUCAUGGCAGGCCGCGUAUGACGCUCAACAGAAAAAGAAUAACCUCCACCUUAUCGUCGGCGUUUCUUUCUUUGCUUUUACACUGUUCACGAUGAAGGCAUCAGGACUUAUUGUUCUUAACUCUACCAUCCCAAAACUACCUGACGAUAUGUAAAGAGUAACUAGCUGUCUAUUUCGCAAAGAAGUCUAAAUAGUUUAUUUCCUGCCCAUCUUCAUGUUAUCAUUGUAGUACGUCACGUAGCGUGGAUAACUUAUAGCAAAACCAAUCAGUCAGAUAUUUACAUCAAAUGCGUCAAAUUCAAGUGUCAUCAUUAUCAUCGAGUGAAAGCAGAUUGCAGAUGAAAUGUAACUACACCUUGUACAUUUGAUUGAAAUAAGUACACAAAUAAAUAAGAAAUCAAAAAAUA